UCUGUUGAAUUUCUUUUUCUCUGAAGAAGUGCGCAAGCUUAACGAUUCUAGUGGUUCGUAAAAACGCAGACAACACUCAAUUCCAUUAAGAUUUUGGAUAAACAUUUCAAACUUUUACCUUACAAUUACAUUUUACUUGUUAUUUUCUAGUUAUGCCUGAAGAUAAGGAGGAAACUGUUCAUAAUCUGUUACCCCACGAGAGAGACAAUACAAAAGAAAGUCAAAUCCUGCUGUGGAUUUGGAACUGUUUAGGAGAGAUAAGUUGCUUCGAUUUUGACCAGUACACCAGAGAUGGAGUUGCUUUCUGUAGGUUAAUGAAUUACAUCAAAUCAAAUUCUAUUCCGGGUGAAAUCAAAUCAGGUGGAAACUUGAAGCAAAAGAGAGAAAAUAUAGGCAAGUUCCUGAAAGCCUGUCAGAAUUACGGAGUUCCCAAAGAGUAUCUUUUCGAACCAGAUGACUUGCUUUUGCUUCGUAACUUGCCCAAAGUUACAAGGUGCCUUUUCAAGCUAGGAAAACUGUCCGAACAGGAUAGCUCCUUCAGUGGACCCUAUUUAGGUGAUGAGCCUUACGAAGCUGCCAACAAGUCUGGCCGCAGAAGAGGAGGAUUGCCAGUUGGUGACGAUAUUUAUAUCGCUCAUGUGAAAUUAGAGAAUGUCAUUAAACAGUUACAUACACCACCAAAGAAGAUUAUCGAUUUUUACCGUCCCCUAAUUUUUUAAACAUUUUAUCAUGUAUAUUUUAAGAAUUAAAAGCUUAUUCUACAAAACUAA